AUGAUGACGUGGUGGUAAGUAGGGCUCGUUUUUGCCACGUCGGUUUCUACGCUGUGUGAACUCAACUGGUGCACUGCAGAUGCUUCUAACUUUACUUUAAAACUCAGUAUUGGCCAUUUUUAGAACACAGGGAACGGUAUUGCAAGUGGUUUUGUUUACACAAGCUUCCAGUCUGUUCCAGGGUAUCAUCCAAUGGAUACAAAUGUUCUUCCCAACUUAAUUUGUUGGUAAUUCACUGAUGUCUUUUAGUCUACACCACCAGCUCCUGGCGUCAAUUGUCACGUGGUUGCUCUGUGUUGAGCGGAGCUGUGGAGACGUGGCUGGGAGCCGCUGGCCUUGUGGUUACCGUGGAGACCGGCCAUGCCCGGGGGGCGCAGGGGUCCGAGCCGGCAGCAGCUGAGCAGGGCGGCACUGCCCUCUCUGCAGACGCUGGUGGGGGGGGGACUCGUCAACGGCAACGGGCUACGCAACAGGAGUAGCACCUCCGUAGGACUGUCCGCUCCUCCACUGACGGCCCUGAUCACGCCGGAGCCAGUUCGUCAUUCGCGUAUUCCAGACCUCCCCCUGGACAACAGUCUGCUGUUUGAGUUCCUGCUCUUUCUCUACCUGUUGGUGGCCCUGUUUGUGCAGUACAUCAACAUCUACAGAACAGUGUGGUGGUACCCCUACAGCCAGCCUGCAGCCUCUACCUCCCUGAACUUCCACUUAAUGGAUUACCAUCUGGCAGUAUUCAUCACUGUUAUGCUAGCCAGGCGACUCGUGUGGACGAUCAUCUUAGAGGCUUCCCAGAGCAGCCCCUGCUCCCUGGUCCGGUACGUGCUGGUGAUCGCCGCUCGGCUCGGCCUGCUGACGCUCUGUGGCUGGGUGUUGUGCUGGACGCUGGUCAACCUGUUCAGGAACCACUCUGUGCUCAACCUGCUGUUCCUAGGCUACCCGUUUGGCGUCUACGUCCCGCUGUGCUGCUUCCACCAGGAGAGCCGAGGGGGUGGCGUGGCGUCUCCGACCGACUGCAGCCUCUCGGAGCGGGACGGUGUGGAGGGGCCGGCGCUGAUCCGGCCCAGAGAGUUCAUGAGCCUGCUGCGGGAGAACCUGCGCGAGCAGUUCAGCAGCCCCACCCCCGUCCCCACACACACCUGCCCACACUCCCCCGAGCUCAUCCGCACCGAGGUGGAGGAGCUCAAGAGCAACUUCAACCGGCGCAUCAAGGAGGUGCUCUUCAACUCGCUCUUCAGCGCAUACUAUGUGGCCUUCCUGCCCCUCUGCUUCGUCAAGAGCACGCAGUACUACGACAUGCGCUGGUCGUGUGAGCACCUGAUCAUGGUGUGGAUCAACGCCUUCGUGAUGCUGAUGAGUCAGCUGUUGCCGCCCAGCUACUGCGACCUGCUGCACCGCUCGGCUGCACACCUGGGACGCUGGCAGCGGCUGGAGCACGGCUCCUACAGCAACGCCCCGCAACACCUGUGGUCGCAGAGCACCAUCUGGCCACAGGGCGUGCUGGUGAGGCACAGUCGCUGCGUGUAUAAAGCCGUGGGGCCCUACAAUGUAGCGUUCCCCUCCGACGUGUCCCACGCCAGGUUCUAUUUUCUGUUCCACAAGCCUCUGCGGAUCCUCAACCUUCUGAUUGGGAUCGAGUCUAGUGUGAUCGUGUACCAGCUGUAUUCCCUGUUGCGCUCGGAGCGGUGGAACCACACGCUGUCUCUCGGCCUCAUCCUCUUCUGCAACUAUUACGUCCUCUUCAAGUUGCUGCGUGACCGCAUCGUGCUGGGCAAGGCCUACUCCUACCCCGUGGCCAGCCCCGGCCUCAGCCUGAAGUCUCAGUGAUGACCAUUACUGGCCGAUACCUCAGACUAACUGCCCUCCUUCCAUAGCCAUCCUUUGGGAUGUUGGGACAUACGAUGGAGUCGAGGGAAACGAGUAAUGUGUGUAUGUGUGUGCGUGUGUGUGCGUGCGCGUGUGUGUGCGGGCGCGUGUGUGUGUGUGUGUGGAGGAGGAGCUUCCAGGGAGAAGACUGUGAACUUGUGUGUUUUGAUACGGUUCUAUUUUCGUAAAAUGUUUAUAUCUAUUUAAAAUUAUAUAUAUUUUAUUUUGUAUACUGUUACUAGAUGGGGCAUUAUGACAUGCUGUUAUGAUACUGCCCCUUCCACUUCCCCACUGUUGUGCACGGAAGUGACCCGGGGGUUUGGGGAGGGAAGUGGUGACCCAUAAGCCACGUGACACCCGUGUCCCACAGGCCAAUCACAGGACAGGCUAACGUCUGCUAAUUAGCAGGUCUUUGGCUCGGCUGACCAAUCACAGGAAAGGCGGUCUGCUAAUUAGCAGGUCUUUGGCUCGGCUGACCAAUCACAGGAAAGGCCGUCUGCUAAUUAGCAGGUCUUUGGCUCGGCUGACCAAUCACAGGAAAGGCCGUCUGCUAAUUAGCAGGUCUUUGGCUCGGCUGACCAAUCACAGGAAAGGCCGUCUGCUAAUUAGCAGGUCUUUGGCUCGGCUGACCAAUCACAGGAAAGGCCGUCUGCUAAUUAGCAGGUCUUUGGCUCAGCUGGCCAAUCACAGGAAAGGCCGUCUGCUAAUUAGCACGUCUUUGGCUCAGUUGACCAAUCACAGGAAAGUUGAUGUAUUUCUAAGGUUUUCGGUUGAAGAGCCAAUCAUCCAGUGCCACCUGCUUUAUUUAUGAAUGCUGUACAUAUAUUAUAGCAUUAUAUGCUAUACAUAUAUGUACAUAUAUUUCAUGUGCUGCUGUUUAUUACGAGCUUUUGUACAGUUUUACACCCCCCCCCUCUCCCCCCCAAAGAUCAUGCAUUUCCUGCAGAAUCCAUUGCUUUCAUCAUUUUGUCAUAACAUUUUGUUAUAUCUAUUUGUUCUCAUCUCAAGGAAACUUUGUGCCAAAUCCCAGGUUUGGCUGUUCGGGCCUAUGAAUUUGCCAUCUGGAGUAUUUGACAUAGGAAGCCAUUGUUCCCAGUGCCAAUAAACAUGUCAACUGCC